AAGGCCGGUACUUUCAGGUUGCGGCUGCGCGGUGUGCUGCGUGUCGCCCCGUCUGGGUGCAGUUACACGUGCGACGGCCAUGCGCCCAUCCCAUGUAAUACGCGCGCGACCCCCUAUUCCCCCACGCAUAGACGCAGCGGAGAGGCCCGCACAGAGAUGCGGGGUGUAGUAGCGCCUAUAGCGCCGGCCUGUAAAGCGGCUAUUACUACGGGAGCAUUGUUACAGUGCGGCGUCUGUGUGACCGGGUGCUUCUGUAUUACCCGCCAGUAACCCCUCCGCUGCCGGGGAGAGAGGCGUGCGGCACAGCUGGCAGCAGCAGGGUGAUGAGUAGGCACAGCUGGCAGUGUGUGAGUGUAUGAGGCAGUGUGUGAGUGGCGGGGGUGAGUCAGCGGUGCAGCAGCGGUCAUGCUCAGACAUGCACAGUAUCUGCCAGGGAUCUAGUCCCGACUUGUCUGCGCUCACACGCAUUUAAAGGGACGCAGCAGCUACUACAGGAUGCAGCACUUUACAUAGGAGCCAGCUCCUGCACACACAGCACUUUACCUCUCCUAUUUAUACACGGCAAGCGUGCAAUAUGAACAUAUCCCCAACCUCUUUAAAUUGUUUAGAAAACGCUCCAAUUAUGGCAACUGACAAAGAAACCCUGGUUAAACCAAAUCCGCUUCUACUAAAUCUGUUAAAAUCUGCUGGCGCUCAGAAGGAAACCUUUACAAUGAAAGAGGUUAUUUACCAUCUUGGUCAGUACAUUAAGGCCAAGCAGUUGUAUGACGAGAAGCAACAGCAUAUUGUCCACUGCUCUAAUGAUCCUCUUGGAGAACUAUUUGGGGUACAGAACUUCUCUGUAAAAGAACCCAGGAGGUUAUAUGCAAUGAUUUCCAAAAAUCUGGUAACUGCUGAGUCACAAGAUUGCUUUGUAGACACUUUGUGUGGGAAUGAAUCAUGCACUUUUUCACAACCACGGAUCUCUAAGCAGGAUUCAUCAGAGGAACAACAAGAGAAGCCAACGCCAUUCUCCUCUGUAUGUCCCCCCAAGAAAGCCCACAGCGAGUCUGAAGAUAAUUCUUCAAAUGAUCAACCCGCAGAGCAACAGAGAAAGCGACAUAAGUCAGACAGUAUUUCGUUAACCUUUGACGAAAGCCUUUCGUGGUGGGUGAUAAGUGGAUUACGCUGUGAUAGAAAUAACGGUGAUUCAACAGACACCUCCUCUAAUGCAGACCUUGAUGCGCGAUCAGUAAGUGACAACUCUGAUUGGCUGGAUCCAGAUUCUGAUUCUGACCAGUUCAGUGUUGAAUUUGAAGUUGAAUCUGUUUAUUCAGAGGAUUACAGUCCAAGUGGAGAUGAACAGAGUAUUGCAGAUGAUAUAGAUGAUGAGGUAUAUCAAGUGACUAUAUACCAAGCUGAAGAUACAGACGCUGACUCCUUUGAUGAAGAUACUGAGAUAUCUGAAGCUGAUUAUUGGAAGUGUUCACAAUGUGAUGAGAUGAACCCACCUAUUCCGAGAUACUGUCACAGAUGUUGGUGUCUUCGGAAAGACUGGCUUCCUGACCAAAAGGAAACCAAUCCUUGCUCUUUGAAGAGAAAAGAGAUGGAAGAGUCACAGGAAGAUGAAGGCAUUGAUGUACCCGAUGGGAAAAAAGCAAAGCUGACAGAUUUACAAGAUUCAUCACUCUCAAAGAAAGAGGACUGUGGUAUGCAAAGCCUAGAGUCCCAGGAGACCGAGGAUUUUUCUCAGCCUUCCACAUCUGGUAGCACUGCUUCCUGCAGUCAAGAGGAGUACAGAGAGAGUGAGCAGGAACAUGCUCAAGAGGGAAAUACAGAUCGAGGCCUGCCCCUUUCUGCUGUGGAACCUUGUGUCAUUUGUCAGACCAGGCCGAAGAAUGGGUGUAUUGUCCAUGGCAGAACAGGGCAUCUCAUGGCAUGCUUUACCUGCGCCAAAAAGCUUAAGAAAAGGAACAAGCCUUGUCCUGUCUGCAGACAGCCAAUUCAAAUGAUUGUAUUAACCUAUUUCAGCUAAAGAGUAUCCAUACUCCCAAGGAUUUACGGAGGUUGCAAAAAAGACAAUUGUAACCUAUAAUAACAUCUCUAAUGAAUUUCCAAAUAUAUAGAAUAUAUAUUUUUGCAUAUGGUGGGAAAAGUGACAAUGCAAAAGCCUUUUACUUUAAACUCAGUGGGCACAUGCUAGCAGUGGUUAAUGAAGUUUAUUUAAGUUCUUGCAAAAAUAUAAAAUGUUUAAAAUUCUCUAGUAGAGUGGAUGCAGUGCGUGUGUGUUUUUUUUUUUUUCCAUUAGUUUUUCGCUUUGUAACAUCGUUUUGCAUAAUACAAGCUUUUGCCAGACACGAGGUGAGAUAAAUUCACCGGUCAUUUACAAAUGACUAGGUAGCGUAAUGGCAGAGCAUAAUUACAUGAAGUAUCUGUCACACUUCUCAUCUAUGUACAUUGUAUCUGUUGUCUGCACAGCUUCAUUGAGCGCUCUGCAGGAUUGUAAAUCUCUUUAGCAGAAAAUCUCAAUUCACCCUAAAUUGUGACGCAACGCACUGAUGAUUCUAUAGACUCUUUUUAAUCUAUAAGCAGUGUCACACUGCUUUAUUCUGAAAAGAAACAUUAUUCAUAAACUUCAAAAGUUUUUGGAAGAUAAUUUUUAAUUAUUUUAUUUUCUGCUUGGGGUUAGCAUUUUACCUAUGCACAAUGGACUAUCUGCAAAAGUUUAAGGACUCUGCAAGUAAUCAUUUUGGUAAUGAAGAAUGAUGGCAUGCACUUUUUCAUAUAAGGAGGAGCAUCACGCAGUUUCAGUCUUGUGUACUCACAGGAACAUUUCCAAAUGUAUUUAUUAAUGUCACUUGAUGUCUUCACAUAGUUGGAACAACUGUGUUCAGCUGGCAGUGUUUUGUGCAGCAUGGAUGUAAAGACUUGUGAAGUACAUUCAAUUUAGAGAUGUCCUUUGUGGCUAUAUACACCUGUAUUUUCCAUAGUUUGAUGGCUUUGCAGAAAGUUUAUGGUGAAAAAUGGAAUAUAUAGCAUAUGUAUAACAAUGUCUGCUGUGCAGAACACUAAUACCUUUUUAGUGCCUUGUUCACCCUUUUGGUUGGUAAUUGUGACUAUACUGAUAUAAUGAUUUCUGAACUGUUGUCUUAAUGCCAGGGCUCAAUAUUGGACUCUGGUAACACUCCCAACACUUGUCCAUAGUGUAAUUUAUUACUCCAUUGCUUAUAUAAACUAAUGGUACUACUCACAUCGUGCUAGGCAGUUCCUGAUGAAAGGUUCCUUUAGUUACCUCUUCCUCAGUUUAUGUACAAUGCUGCAGUUUUGCAUUAUUGACUCUAGCAUGUACAUUUUCUAAUUUUUAAGUGGAUAUUGUAUUACAUUUAAGGUUGUUGUCCAAAUGGAAACUGAUUUUUGACUCGUUUAUGGGCAAGUACUGGAUAUCCUUUUGUAAUUAAUAUUACUUUUAAGACUUCCACCUGAUAGCGGACAAAAUAGAUGGGGGUAACAGGGCAACAGAAAUGUUCAAUAAGUACUGGCUGUACAGAGUAGCAAUGUGCAGUCACACACAACAAACCUUUUAUUGCAUGAGGUCUCGCUUUGUUUCCAAUUCCAUGUAUGAAUGCUUAUUUGCUCAGUACUCUGGCACAUUACCUUCCAUUGCCCAAUACACUAAGGCAUAGAUCGCUGAAGAGGACUUUGGCAUUUGCUACAGCUUUUUGUUCUGCUCAUGGAAUAACCAGCAUAAUUAUUAUUAUUAUUAUUAUUAUUAUUUUUUUAUUAUUUUUUUAUUUAGCAUUCUGAGUUUUUGGUUACUGCUAAACUUCUUUUCCAGGGUACUGUUAUACUCCCUUUUUCAUUUGCUUGUUACGUUGUUGCUGUAAUUGAAUAUUUUCUUGUUUUCUCUUAAUAUAUACUAUUUUAUCAAAUUUAAUAAUCUUCUUUGAAAUGCAGUCUUUCUUAUCAACAUCCUACAGUAACAUGAUCUGCCUCCACUACUGCUUUUGCUAAUUCUCAUAAUUUUUCUUUUCUCUGUCAUCUUUUAUUAUGUAUACUUGUUUAAAUAAAUUAAAGAGGAUACUAAUGGGUAGCACUUUAGUGCUGUGGUUAGUUUGCUGCCUCACAGCACUGAGGUCUUAGGAUCAGUUUCCUCCAGGGCCCUAUUAUGUUCUACCCAUGUUUUUGUGGGUCCACAAUACAAAAACAUACUGGUAGGUUAUUGGAUGUCUGUUGAAACAUCCAUUAUAAAUAAUGUAUGGUAUGGAUUCAGUAUGAUUUACCAGCGGGCGGGACGCCGGCUCCCCUGUCCGUUACCAGACAGCGGCAUCCCACCCGCCAGAAUGCCGGCAGCGGGGGAACGCAAAGAGUCCCCUUGCGUACGCGCUGCGCUUCACAACUGGGCAUAGUCCUGUUUUGCCGGGAUUCUGGCUGGCAGGAUUCUGGCGCUGGUAUCCUGACAGCUGGCAAAUUGAACGUAUCCCUAGAGUACAUGUACAUGUGGUAGGAAAUAUAGAUUGGAGGCUCCCCUUAGGCAGAGGCUGAUAUGAAUGAUUUUUUUUUCUUCUGUAAAGCAUAAUGGAAUAUGUGUGAACUAUAUAAAGAAUGGAUGUGUUCAUAAUGUUAAUAUUACAGUGUCAACAGUUAUUAUGUUGGCAUUAUUGAAAUAUUAACAUUGAAUAUGUCUACAUAUUCAAAAUGUAGACAUUCUGCACUGAUCAGGAAGGGUUAGUAAUAGGCUGCAGGAGGGGAGAUUAGAGUUAGUCUCCAGGGGGGUUAGGAUUAGCGAUACUUGCUGCUGGCAGUGCCGAAUCCGGAACUAACCCACACAAUAGGCAAAUAUAUAAAUACACAGAUAGGGGAGUUGAACCUAUGGUCCUAGUGUUGUAAGGUUUCAGUGGUAACCUCUGUGCCAUUUAUAGCGUUGGUGCCCACUUAAUAUUUACAUGCAAUGUAGUUAAUAAAUAACAAAACAAAUGCUUGCUCUAAAAUGCGCAGUGAAAAUACAUAAUGUAUGUCCAUUAGUAACUGGCAGUAUUCGUUAAUGGACAAAACAUUUUGAUUCUCUUAUAGCAGAAGUUAUGUUGAGUACUGUUUGAAAGCCACUUGCUACCACCCCCCAUGUAAUAUUUAUUCUAUUAAUUUUACUCAACAAUUGAAGAUAAAUAGUAAAGAUUUCUCUGCUAUUGAUUUAUGUCCAUGGUUAUUUUAAAUCCAAUACAUUUAAUCAAAAUGAUAUUCUUUAAUUAGAACAUCCAUUUAAUUAUAAGCUUAUACUGUGUGUUUUUUAAUGUAUUUUAGUAUUUAUUUCAGGUUUCCAUCUCAUGGUCUCGGCUACAGUAAUACUUGCCAUAUUGUAACUAUACACUGAUGCAGAGAGUAAAACCAGACUGAUGGCUGUUUUAGUACUGUCGCCUCUUAGCACCUUGUUAAAUUGUUUUUGCACUGUGAAAUAUUUCCCAGUCAUAAGAGACGAUGUGUACAUUAUCACCGUCUUUAAAACCUCUAACUAAACGCACUGUAUAUAGUUAAAAUAUUGUGAAUUCAUGUUAUUAAAAUAUUUAAUUCUA